UACCAAUGAUGACUUUGCCCGUUUAUUCUUCAUCUACAGUACAAAUAUAGCUAAUCAGAUGAAGGAUAAUGGGCACUGAUUUGAUGGUCUCUUUCCUUUUGUCGUGCUUCAUUAAGAACAGAGCAAAGUUUCGGUUAAAUCUUCUAAAUUGACAGAAAUCCCACGCCUGUACAUCUCAUAUUGAAAGAUGGAUUUGAAUCUGCACUUAAUUGUGAUUGUUGGGUUCAUUUCUUUAAUUUUUCUCUGCUUUUCGUUGGCUACAAGGGUAAGAAUUACCAGGAGUAAUUGCAGGCAAGCGCCAGAACCAGCUGGUGCAUGGCCAAUUAUAGGCCAUCUUCAUCUAUUAGGCGGUGAUGAUCAGCUGCUUCACCAAAAGCUCGGAAUGAUGGCCGAUAAGUAUGGGCCAGCCUAUAGUAUCCGCCUUGGCAAUCGCCCUGUUUUUGUGGCUUCUAGUAGUGAAGUGGCAGAGGAAUGCUUCACCAUUUAUGACAGAGCUUUUGCUUCUCGUCCUUCAACAUCAGCUACAAAGCACAUGUGCUAUAAUGAUGCGGUGUUUGGGUUUGCACCCUAUAGCACUUACUGGCGUGAAAUGCGAAAGAUAGUUGUGCUUGAACUUCUUUCAAACCGUAGACUAGAGAUAGUAAAAAAUGUCCAGGCUUCUGAAGUUGAUAAGGGGAUAAAUAAGCUUUAUGGUCUUUGGGCUAAAAAUACUUGCCUUCCGUUGCUUGUCAAAAUUAACCAGUGGUUCGAUGAUCUGACGCUUAAUGUGAUUGUUGGAAUGGUGGCUGGGAAACGUUUUGCUGGCGGCUCUGAUGACGGUGAGGCCGGAUGGUGCCAAAAGACUAUUUCUGAGUUCUUCCACUUGAUGGGUGUAUUUGUGAUUUCAGAUGCAGUUCCAUUUCUAUGGUGGUUGGAUUUGCAGGGACAUGAGAAGGCAAUGAAGAAUACAGCCAAGUACUUUGAUGCAAUACUUGAAGGUUGGGUGGAUGAGCAUCGCCGAACGAGAGCUGCUUCAGGAUCAGGAGAGUUCAAGGCUGAAGGUGAACAAGACUUUAUUGACGUAAUGUUGACGCUUGAGGAGGAAGGACAACUCUCCAAUUUUCCUUAUGAUUCAAAUACUAUUAUCAAAUCUACCAUUCUGGCUGUUAUUGCUGCAGCCGCCGACACCACGGCAACGAUGCUUACAUGGGCUAUCUCAUUACUCAUGAAUCAUCGCUGGGCAUUAAAAAAGGCUCAACAGGAAUUAGAUUUUCACGUGGGCGUUGAACGUCAAGUGGAUGGAUCAGAUCUUAAAAAACUCAUAUUUCUUCAAGCAAUAGUCAAGGAAACCCUCCGGGUAUAUCCUGUCGCUCCACUUUCAGGACCCCGGGAAGCCCUAGAAGAUUGCACCAUAGCUGGUUAUCAUGUAAAGGCUGGAACUCGUUUGCUGGUAAAUGUAUGGAAGAUUCAAAGAGAUCCCAAAUUGUGGACCAAUCCACUGUCCUUCCAACCGGAGAGAUUUCUAACAAGUCAUGUGAAUGUUGAUGUUAGAGGUCAAAAUUUUGAGCUACUUCCUUUUGGUUCUGGUAGACGAGCAUGCCCAGGUACAUCAUUUGCGCUCCAUGCUCUUCAUUUUACACUUGCUAGACUCCUUCAUUCAUUUGAUUUGGCGACCCCUAUGGAUCAGCCUGUUGACAUGACUGAGGGAACUGGUAUAACUCUACCAAAAGCAAACCCAGUAGAGGUUCUUCUUUCCCCACGUUUACCAGGCAAACUCUAUAGCAGUUGAAGCAAAAACAAUAACAAUAGCCUCGUUGCUGUAUGUUUUACUGUUAUGUGUUUUAUUUUGUUGUAAUCUGGUGUUUAUGGUUAAGCCGUAAUUUCAGGGUAUUAAAUUGAUUGUGCUAAUGUAAGGAAAAAAAAAAAAAGGGUGCUUCGAUAUGUAAAGAUUUAACAAUUGCAAAUUUAAGGUCUUGCCUUUCUGGUUGUGGGCUUUA